GAACAAUGGGCGGAGGUAGGGGAAGCUUCCGAGAAAGAGGAAGUCCCGCCUCCUUGGAGUCGCACUUCCGGCUCCGGCUCCCUGGCUAGUGGUGACUGAGCGAGUGCUGGCGGGGGGGCGGAGGAGCGGCGAUGGUGCUGCUGGAGAGCGAGCAGUUCCUGACGGAGCUGACCAGGCUCUUCCAGAAGUGCCGGUCGUCGGGGAGCGUGUUCAUCACCCUGAAGAAGUAUGAUGGUCGGACUAAACCUAUUCCACGGAAAGGGUCUGUGGAAGGCUUUGAGCCUUCAGACAAUAAAUGUUUGCUAAGAGCUACGGAUGGGAAAAAGAAGAUCAGUACUGUGGUGAGUUCUAAAGAAGUGAAUAAAUUCCAGAUGGCCUAUUCUAACUUGCUGAGAGCCAACAUGGAUGGGUUAAAGAAGAGAGACAAGAAGAGUAAAAACAAGAAGAGCAAAGCAACACAGUGAAGGGCACUUGGAUUCCUCUUUUAUUUCACCAUCUAAAAAGAACUCUGAAGAUGCUUGGCUGGUGGUACUGUCUUCUCUUAGGACUGAAUGGCUUCAUGUGAGGGGGAGGGGGUGUUACUUUAGUGGCAGAUCAUCAUUCAAUCCUAUUUCAAUUAAUUGCAGGUUUAAUGUUUACAAGGGCAGCUGUGAUUUAAAAAAAAGAAAAAAAGGCCUACCUAUAUAUAUCAUAUGUGGCAUCCACCCAGCCUCACCCCCUUAUACUUUGUAGUAUACCUGACCUAUGGUUUGCUGAAGUCACUUUAGCAAUCUCUGUGAGCAAAGCAAUGUAUUAUUAAAUCUGUCGCUAUACCUUU